AUGGCUUCUUUGGAUGCACCGAAAGAACUGCUUGAUGCCACUUUGGAAGAAUUCCAGACGGAUAAGAUCGAUAUAUUGAUCAACAACGCGGGUCUGGGUGGAAAUGCACCUCUUGAAGAAGUCACUGUUGAGGACUAUGACCGUCUGAUGACCGUCAACGUCAGGGCUGUCAUCUUCAUGACACAAGCUGUUUUGCCACACAUAAACCGCGGAGGACGCAUUGUCAAUCUUUCGUCGAUUUCCUCCAGGGGAGGCUACAGCACACAGUCAGUGUAUGCUGCGUCGAAGGCGGCCGUUGAAGGAUUGACUCGUGUCUGGGCCACAGAGCUAGGCCACAAAUAUGGAGUUACUGUCAACUGUGUGAACCCGGGUCCUGUUGAUACAGAUAUGUACCGCGCAGCAGGACCUGUUCAUCUCGCUCGAAUGGAAGAGCAGAAUAAGAAAGUUCCAGCAGAGCCUCGCUGCGGCACCGAACAGGAUAUCGCGGACAUAGUUGUUUUCUUAUGCGAGGAGAGAUCAAGAUGGGUCACUGGUGACACUAUUUGCGCGAAUGGCGGCAUGUUGUAUUUGUAA